GUCUGUGGUGUUAGUGCCCAAAAUCUGAAAACAAACAAUUUUUGUGCUAGCAAGUUUUUACAAAGUCUUGAAUUUAUAUUCAGAUUUGCAUUAUUCUAGCAGAAUUAAAUUUCUCGAUACGCAGCUCGAGUGUGUAUUGAUGUGGUCUGUUUUUAAAUGCAUAAACAGCUAGCCUUGCAACGUUUUCAAUGGAUCACCAGUGUGUGGAAGAGAAUUUAAAAGCCGGUGGCAGCGGAGACAGUGGAAAUUUCGUUCGACAGAGGAAACCUAAAACGGAAACGCUUUGUUGUCCGAUUUGCGGCAUCACACUUCGCCCCAAUGAUAUUGACCAACAUUUCGCGUUGGAAGUGGAGCGACUUGAUAGAAUUCUUAAACCUAGAACAAAUGCUUCCAGUGCGAGUGCGAGCUACACCGCAGUCACUGAUAGGGCUUCGCCUGUAGCUGGCCCGAGCGGUAAUAUUUAUGGGACCAAAAUUGGUGGUAGCACCGGAAUAACAAAUGGACACUCCACAGAAGACACGACAGAUUCGGCUCCAUUGGCAACUCCUGAAGAAUGCUGGGGAACCUAUCAGAAAAUUAAGAAUAAUCGUCAAGCAAGAUUGAAGAUAAAGACUCGAAAACGCAAAACAGAAGACAGUAACUGCCCUGUAUGCAAUAAGGUGGUGUCAGAAGAUAUAACAUCUCACGUGGAAAAUUGUCUCAAAAAAUCUGAAAUAAACGGGAAUGGUGUGUCCUCUAGGGUAAAUGAUUCUGAUGACGAUGAUGUAAGUAUUGAUGUAGAAGGAGAAAACUUUGAGGUUUAUGAAUGGGCCGGACAUACACGAGUUCGCACAACUAGUAUGUUACAUCAAACCGGUGCUCUGGCGAGUACAGCUGUACGAGUAACAAACGCAGAGGAUACUGAUGACGAGCUGAAUGUUGACGGUGAUGAAACGCAGAUUUAUGGGCCUCCACAAUACUCCGAGCGUGAUGUUAUUUAUCCAAUGGCCGAUAAUCGAUUUAAAGAUUCCUAUCUUCGCGGUUUAGUAAUGGCAAAUGAACCUUUAACACUUAAGAGACCCGAACAAGACAAUCCCGGCGAAGGGACCAGUAGACAUACAGUCGCUCGUUUCCCGCAGCAACAGCAGCAGCAUGUUCACAUGACUUCGGAGGAUCGAAAUGGCGAAAACGGAGACCAGAUAAUUGAAUCACUGAAGUCGAAGAUUCGUGAAUACGAAGGAUUCAUACAAAAUCGACCUAAAUGUCUGAUAUGUAUGGAUGACUUUAGGAAACCGGUUGUAUCUAUUUGUUGUUGGCAUGUUUACUGCGAGGAAUGUUGGUUGCAUACUUUGGGAGCCAAAAAGCUGUGCCCUCAGUGCAGUAUGAUCACUUCGCCUACGGACUUGAGGCGUAUAUAUCUAUAAGACGGUGUGAACGUCGAUUGGGAAUGCCAAGAUGGCAUGAGCUGUUUAGAGUCCUUUCCACUGUCAUUUUUGAGGAAUAUAUGACAAAUUGAUUUAUGAUAGCACUUCGCACGGAAGAAAAAAAACACUUAAUACUGAAGACAAUAAGCGACUAAGAGUAACUAAAUCUUUUUUACGAACGAUAAGCUGCUCUGAAUAUUUUAUAUUUUAUAAGCAUCCCGUAGGCCAAGAUAAGAAAAAAAGCUGCGAUGCAUUUUAUCUAAUUCUACUUUGAUAUAAUUAGUAAGAUAUAAGUUCUAUUAUAAUAAACUAUCUCAAUCAUAGAAAACGGAGGUCAGUUUGCAACAUAGAAGAGAGUGUCACAGGACCAUUUCUGUUGAAACCAGUCUAUGUUACCAAACGAAAGAAAAACGUAGUUCGACCAGGAAGUUCAGUUUCGUCCGAUUGUUACUUGAAAUAUUUCUUAUUAAUAUUUUUUCUUGGUACAUGUAUUAUUUCGUCAAUUUUUGUUUAUGUAUAUAUUUAUUCUAACAAUACAAGCUGACAUUGAUAUGGCACUUUACAUCUAUUACAUAGGAAGAAUAACAUGCAAUACUAGUUUCUUUCACAAUAUGACUUUGAAACGCGAUUAUUGAUUGUUAUUAGCAGUUACGCAACAAAUUGAGCAUCGUAUCGAUAUUAAACUAAACUAAGUCGCGUAAAUUGCCCCAGUAUUACAGUCAUCAGAUGUCACUUCCACUACCAUCGCUUCUACUGUUACUUCUCAUUCGUU